AGACAACCACGCAGCUCUUUUUCGCAAUGUGUAUGUCAUGAGCUCUAGGACCGAAUAUUCCAUGGAUUUAUAAAGCACCCGAACAAUCGAAAACCUCCCACGAACGACACCGCCCCAGACCCAUGAUAUAAUGGAGAACCUGUCCAUCUCCGAUGCCCCUCCGCAGGGACGCGGCGGCGGCGCUCCGCAACCGCUGCCUCAGCUGCCGCCGCAGAUGUUUACCACUGCUGCGCAGCUGCUGGACCUCACAGACAAGAAGCUCAUGGUCGCCUUGCGCGACGGGAGAAAACUUAUUGGGGUGCUAAGAAGUUGGGAUCAGUUCGCCAACCUCGUCCUCCAAUCCACGAUCGAGCGCAUCUUUGCGCCUCUUCCCGAGUCGGCAGGCAGCGACCAACCGGCGGGUCUCUACGCUGACAUAACGCACGGCAUCUUUCUCGUGCGCGGCGAAAACGUGCUCCUCCUCGGCGAGAUCGACCUCGACAAGGAUGACGACCCACCACCCGGAUUCCAGCGCGCGGAGCUCGAGGUAGUCAAGAAGCUGGCUGAGGACAAGAAGGUGGCGGACAAGGCAAAGGAAAAGGUGAGGCUCAAGAAGUUGGCCAAGCAGGGCUUUGAGGGGGAGAAUCUGGGAGAGAUUGUGUUUUAGAAAGGGAGGCGCCACAUGUUUGCUAUGAGAAAAUUGCUAGCUGUGGAUGAGAUGCAGUUCAUUGGGCAGAAUAUUGUGAAAUGCCCUUUGACUGCGGGAUGGGGAAAGAAGAACGGCUCUGUUAUAGAGGAGUCGGUUCUAUGGGAAUUGGGACUGGAAAUAUCAAGACUAGUGGUUCGACGCGCAUAGUUAGCAUGCAUGAAUAGAUGAACCGAGAAAAGCUAGGAUAUCAC